AUGGCAGAGACAAUGUCGCCAUCAGCAGCCUUGAGGGCCUUGACGGCCUUAGCCCUGGAGACGCCAGCCUGGGUCAUGACCAGCUCGACGUCCUUGGGCUCAACGCCAGUCUCAUCAAUCUCCUCCUCUUCCUGGGCUGCAACGGAGGGUUCCGUCUUGGGGGCUGUGUGGAUGUGGUCGGUGGCCUUGAACUGCUGGGCGGCUUGA